CUGCGACAAAGAGCCAUGAACCACCCCAGACAUAUGGGCAAGAUAAGGAAGAGGCUGGAGGAUAUCAAGAACCAGUCCCUGAAGUUGACAAAAGUGGAUUUCAGCCACAACGAAAGCAUAAGAUUGGCCACCGACGCCUUCUUGGAUGGUGGGACAGACUCUUACCUCGAAACUCUAAGCAAAGAGGGUGAGGUGGAUUUCCUCUCCUCGGUGGAAGCUCAGUACAUCAAGGAUAACGCCAGGGAAUCUUAUUAUGCACAGGAAUCCCCAGGUGCCGACGGGGCAGCCGCGCCAAAGCAGAACGAUGCCGGGUCACUCCCUUCAGGGACCUAUUUCCCCACCAUUUCUGACAACAGUGAGUCGGCUCUGCUCCACACAUGGAUUACAGCAGAGAAGCCCUAUUUAAAGGAAAAAUCCACCGCCACUGUGUAUUUCCAAACAGAGAAGAAUAGCAACAUUAGAGACAUCAUUCGCCGGUACAUCCACAAGACUACUCAGGUGUUGGCUAUCGUGAUGGAUGUGUUCACAGACACUGAGAUUCUCUGUGACCUCCUGGAGGCAGCUAACAAGCGCAUGGUCUUUGUCUACCUGCUGCUCGAUCAUGGCAGUAUAGAUCUUUUCUCGGAGAUGUGUGACAAGUUGCAAAUUCCUGAGGAUCUCUUCAAGAAUAUUUCAGUCCGCAGUGUUACUGGAGAGGUUUACUGUGCCAAGUCAGGCAGGAAAUUUUCAGGACAAAUUCAAGAAAAAUUUCUUAUCUCUGACUGGAGAUAUGUGCUCUCUGGAUCUUACAGCUUCACGUGGCUGUGUGGCCAGGUUCACCGCAACCUCCUCUCCAAGUUCACGGGCCAGGUUGUGGAGCUGUUUGACGAGGAGUUCCGGCACCUGUACGCGCUGUCCAAGCCCGUGCGGGGCCCCAAGACCCCGCCGCGCAGCCUCCCCUUCCUGUUCAGCCGGAGCUGGGCUCCCCCGCGCAGCCUCCCCUACAGCGACGAGGGAAGCGCCAACACCCUCUCCGACCCCUUCAGCAGCCUCUCCGCUGGCAGCACGAACCAGAGCAAGCAGACCCCAAGAGCUCUCAUAUUCAACAGCAACUUCACCCCCCAGUCACCUCUCCACCGAGUCAACUCCUUCCACAGCUACGUCUCAUUCACUCCCCCGCCUCCACAGAAAGCCAUCCAGCCUAACUACUAUCAGCCACACUACAUGGCCGAAAACUCCACAGUCCCCUAUAACAACAUGAACAUUUACAGACCCAUAAGACUCAGGCAAGAGGAACCGAACAGGACGGGGUUAAGCUCAUCCUGGAGAUGCCUCCACAAAGCUAACCUGUUUGCAUAAUAACCACCUUGUUUGGAAAUGCAAGUAAAUGUAGUGAGGACCUGUUUAGCAAUCGCUUGUGUACUGAUGAAUAUAGAAAUUCUGUAUAAUA